CUGCACCAGCGCACUGCGCAGGCGCUGCCUGGCAGCCCGUCGUCAUGGAGACGGUUUGUUGUCUGUGAGCUGAGGAGAAACGGCAGCGCGAGGAGCCGAAGGAAGCAGGUAACACGUCUCACCGAUUGUCAGAUGAUGGCGCGCUCUGAGCGUGAGGUCAUCGACUUCUCAGCGCUGGAGAGAGAGCUGCGAGGGGCGAUCGAAUCUGAGCAGAGAUACAAGAGAGAGAACGAGGCGAAGCUGAGAGCCGUCAGCCAGAGAGUGUCCUCCUACAGCCAGUUUAGGGACCUGGUCCUGACAUGUCACCUGAAGCCACUAGAGAAGAAAGACAAGGACGGAGCUCCACGGAAACAACCCUGGAACCCUGUUGCCCCGAACAACAAGGAAGGAACCUUUGAUGAUCCACAAGUUGUUUAUAGUUGUCAGUGUUCUAAAGCAUCGAUACAGGUGUGAUCUGUCAGUGUGUAGAUCUGUGGUUUUAACAGUAAACGUUAACAAAUUUUAAAUGAAUAUAUCAUUUCAUCAACAGAACACUUGGUCAUGUUUUUCAUCUUCUGCACGGUUCUCUUAUUGUGAAAACCGUCACAGUGUCUGUAACCAUCAAAUUAAAUCAUUCUUACUGA